AUGUGCUGGGGGACGCUUCACCGCGCGUGUCUGCCGUCGACGUGCGCGCACGCGACGUGCGAGGCGUGCUUCAAGGCGAGAGAACCCGACGCGAGCUGCGCCGUGUGCGGAGAGAAAUAUCUCGCGCGCGGCGCGCCGGGUGCGUUCGCGCGCGACGCGGCGCGCGACGCGGAGUGCGAGCGGGUGUACGGCGACGCGCGCGAGGCGUACGACGCGGAGGAGGAUCGGCGGGCGCUGCGGACGCUGAAGGAAUGUUUUGGGUACGAGACGUCGACGGCGUUCGCGGCGCGCGACGGCGACGGCGACGAAGACGAAGACGAAGACAAAGACGCGGCGACGCGAACGGAGACGGUGGACGAGGACGAUGGGGCGUACGAGAUAGAGUUUAGGGACGUCGCGGCGGCGCGGCAGACGUCGGGUGAGCCGGAUGAGACGCGGGCUCGGUUACCCGUGGAGUUCGCGUCGGCGCCGAAGACGGCGAAGGUGGAGGCGCUGCGGAGGUUCGUCGAAGAGCAGGGCAGAGGGAAGUACGCGCUUUGCGACGAACACGGUCGUUAUCGGUGGUCGCGCGCGCACGGGUCGGACAAAGAUUCCGUUUUAGAUCCAACGAAGACGUUGGAAGAUUUUUUUGAGCCGCAGCUCCGUCGCGGAGAGCCCAUAGUGGCGUGGUUCGUUUCGUUUCGUGAGUGA